AUAGGAGAUGGGAUGUUAUGUUACACAAAGACAACCUCAAAGGAGGCUCGUUAAAAUUCUAGGGUUUCCAAGUCGACAGUCGAUCUCAGUUACUUCCUCUUGAAAUCCGAAUUCAAAUUCAACUCCAAAUCCAAAUCCAAAUUUAAUCCCUCCUGAAUUGAUCUGAAAACAUGCCUCAGAGACAUUCCAAGAACAACAACGAUCUAGCGUUCUUCACGUAUGACGAGAAGAGGAAGCUAGGUUACGGUACUCAAAAGGAGAGGCUUGGUAAAGAUUCCAUCAAACCCUUCGAUGCUUGCUCUCUCUGCUUGAAGCCCUUCAUCGAUCCCUUGUGCUGUCAAAAAGGCCACGUCUUCUGUAAAGAGUGCAUCCUCGAGUGCUUAUUGUCCCAAAAGAAAGAUAUCCAAAGGAAGCUAGCUGCCCAUACUACCCAACAAAAACAACAAAAAGACGAAGAAACCGAAAAAAUAGCCCUACAAAAAGCCCGGGAACUCGACGCCUUCGAUCAACAAAACCACGGUGCGAUCCCACAAUACACUGAUAAAAACUUGAACCGCGAUCAAAACAAUUUCCAUGGUGCAAACAGUGUGAAAACCACAUCAUAUGAAGCAGAAGCCCUUAGAACCAUGAAAGCAUUUUGGCUACCCUCCGCCACCCCAGAAGCUCCGGUCAAAAUCACCGCCCCUUCCACCGCCACGACCUGCCCGGAAGGCAACGAGAAGCUUAAAAUGAAAUCCCUUUUCUCUAUUCGCUUCACCGAAGAGACAAAUGAGGAAAAGACGAAUUCGCCCUUGGAUAAAACUUACGUGUGCCCUAGUUGUAAGGGCUGCAAAGAGAGGAAUUUGAUUUAUUUGGAGAAAGGUGGGACCGGGUUUGCGGGUCAUGGGGAUAAUCUUGACGCUAAAGAUUUUAAGCAUUUGGGAAGUGGGUCGGGUCUUGGGUUGGUGAGACCCGCUAUGAAAACAUGA